AUGAGGAGGAACAUUGAAUCGGCAAACCGGCAACAAGUGGGUCCAAUCUUUGCUAGGAGUCAGCCGCUCAACAAUCCAGUUCAAGAUCCACCGCCAAACAACAACUUGAUCCUCUCGGUGGAUGUUCAACUUCCCAGCAACACCACCCCUCCACCCUCCAACAACAUCCCGCCGCCGGAGGAGGAAGUCACCCAGGGCGAGCAGGAGUUGGAGCCGCAACGCAGCGAGGAGCUCGAGCCGGAGGAGCUGCAGGGCAGCGAGGAGCUCGAGCCCGAGGAGCUGCAGGGCAGCGAGGAGCUCGAGCGAGAGGAGCUGCAGGGCAGCGAAGAGCUCGAGCGAGAGGAGCCGCAGGGCAGCGAGGAGCUGGAGUCGAAGCCGGAAGGCAGCGAGGAGCUGGAGUCGGAGCCAGAGGGCACUGAGGAGGAGCUGGAGUCGGAGGAGCGUCCAAACACACGGAAGAGAGCGCUAGGACAGGACAGAACGAAACCCAUCUUUAAAAAGCAACGUGUCCACUCUGAAUGUGAGGAGGAUAUUCCUGUGACAAGCAGCCAAUUUCAAGUGGUGGUCAAACCCUUACCCUCGCAAGAAAACGCGAGCAGCCAAUUUCAAGUGGUGGUCAAACCCUUACCCUCGCAAGAAAACGCGAGCAGCCAGCUUGAAGUGGUGGCGGAACCCUCACCCUCGCGAAAAAACGCGAGCAGCCAGCUUCAAGUCAUGGGCGAACCCUCACCCUCGCGAGAAAACGCGAGCAGCCAGCUUCAAGUCAUGGGCGAACCCUCACCCUCGCGAGAAAACGCGAGCAGCCAGCUUCCAGUCGUGGCCGAAUCCUCACCCUCACGAGAAAACGAAAGAGAACGGAGGCAACCUCUCAGGGAGUGGGGGGUGUACAAACGUCAAAGAGUUCUAAAGAAAAGAGGAAGACGAAACCAAAGGUUGGAGGAUCGCAAGCGGUCAGAAGAUCAACUAGACAUAGACAACAUGCUCCACCAUCAACAUAGACAACUGCAAGGACAAUCAAAUUCAAUCGCAGAAGAAGUCGAUGUCUUCAUUCGAGCAGUAGCGAGAGCUGAAGGAGCUAUUAGUGAAGAAGAUGUAUCUAGUUAA